AUGGGUGCUAUUUUCCAGCGGCUGGACCGCCUGGAGCGUCAAGUAUUAUUAGGUACUAGUGGUUCUGUAUGUCCAAGUCCUAGCUAUGAGCUUCAGUCGAUGUUAUCGCCGUCAAGCUCUUCGGAAGGCGGUGGCCAAUACUGCUGGAACUGGCCCCCAGGUAUUGAUAAAACUCCUGGUAUGAAGGAGCUUGUGAAUCUUGUGGAGACGGUCCGAGAUACUAAUAACCUUCCGCCAUGCGAGUGGCCCAAUCUCAAGCGAAAGUUUCAAAUAUUUACCGAGAGCAGCAAUACCGAUUAUACAUCGUUUCUUCCGCCAAAACACAUUCACGAUAUGCUUUUGGCAAGAUACAAAGAAGUGGUACAUCCAAUAAUGCCAAUAAUAGAUUUAGUUGAAAUCACUGAACGGUCUGAGGGAUUUUGGUCUGAUGAUAAGAGUAUGCUGCUCAACGACGCUCAUUUUAUGGCUAUUUAUUUCUUGAUCCUGUCAUAUUCCAGUCGGUCAUCAGGCUACGAUGUCCAAAAUCACAAUGUAACAUCCUCACUGCACCGACUUUUUAUUAAUGCAGCAGAGCAUUUCAUGUCAUUUUUCGUCUAUGUAGGAUCGCCUGAUAUCAAAUCCUUUGAGGCUAUAUUGCUCUAUUCUAUGUUUAUGUUUGCAGGUGAGACUGUUCAGUCUGGCCGUGCUAUUACAUCACUUGUUAACAAUAUGGCACAAAUCAUUGGUCUUUAUAAAAAGGAACCCAGAGACAGAAGACAAGCUGAUUUGUUCAAGAUUUUUUACUCUUUUGAAAAGUCUUCAGCGUUGGAUAUCGACCAACCCUCAUUUAUUAAUGAUCGGUAUUGUUAUUUUAAUAGCUACCGAUCCAUUGACUUGACUAAUUGUACAGGCUUUGUGUCAGCUCAAUUCCAACUCUCUCGGCUUCUAAGCAAGGUUGUGGAUGAAGUGUAUGGAAGAUCAUCCUGUCCAUCACAGGAGACGAUCCGGUCCUUAGACAGCGAAAUAUCACAAGCGAUUGAGUCAAUUCCUAGCAAUUUGAAAGUGUCACAGAUAGUACAAGUCUCACCGGGUCUAUUGAUGCAGCAAUAUAUUAUCGAUACGCUUGCUCACAAGAUAUUGUUCAUGCUCCACAAGUCCUUCAUAUCUCGGCGAAACUCUGCGGGCCAGUUGUAUGCUGAAUACGAAUUUUCAAGAAGACGAGGCUUGGAAGCUUGUGUUAGAUUAAUGAAAAAUCAGAUGGAUGUGUUUUCGAACCAAGAGCUUCAAGAGUUUGUAUGGUGUCAUUGGCACUGCAUUUAUUACCAAGCAUUUUUUGCAGCCCUUCUCACCGGUUUAGAUUACAAGCAGUGUAAGGAGCUUUCAGACGAAAUAAAUGCACCUGGGAAAGACAUAAUGGAGCUAGUGGAAACCAUGCGGAACCAAUACUUUGACAUGAGAAUAGCUACGAUGUGUGCCUCUGCGAGAUCUCAUUUGGUACUUUCUGCUGUAUUACAAGUCAAAUCAGAGUUUGACAUUCCACACCUUUUUGGACCCUUUUCGCGAGCAUCUUCUACAUCUGGCGAUGCCCGAGAAUCUCCGUUAUCUGAAGCUAACCAACCAACACCAACCGCCGAUGGUAAGCAGCUAUUUCCACAUGGUGAUAAGCGACUAUUCCCAGAAGUGGACUCUAUGCGAGCAAGUCCCAUUUCUGACGAUAUAUCUAUCGAUACCAUUUUUGAUGACAAGUUUUUUGAAAAUAUUUGUUUCACAAAUGCGUCAGCAAUUUACAGCACAUCAAUGUAG